AUUGUGAGUCUCCUCGUAUCAAAAAAGGGGUUGACUGAAUGUCUUGAGUGUCUCUUCCUCCCCAAGGCUGAGCCCCGCUCGUUACGGGUCUCUGUCUCCUUUCCUUUCACGUAUGCAUCAUAGUAAUAGUAAUUACGAAGAGAGACGGAGGAGCCGCAGAGGAGUAAGGAGGAGAGCCCAGAAUGAGAAUGAGAAGAUGGUGGAUCUGCCACAGGAAUUGAUACAUGAAAUCCUUUUGCGCUUGCCCGUCAAGUCUCUUAUUCGAUUCAAAACUGUCUGUAAGUCAUGGCUUUCUCACAUCUCUGAUCCACACUUUACUGCUUCACAUUUUAAACUAGGGGCAGCACCCACUGAGAGACUUUUGUUCUUAUCGCCUAUUGCUCGUGAAUUCCUAUCCAUAGACUUCAAUGAAUCCCUUAAUGAUGAUUCUGCUUCUGCCGCAUUGAAUUGUGACUUUGUGGAACAUUUUGAUUACCUUGAAAUCAUUGGUUCAUGUAGAGGGUUUUUACUCUUGGAUUUCCGCUAUACUCUCUGCGUGUGGAAUCCAUCCACAGGUGUCCACCAAUUUGUGAAAUGGUCACCUUUUGUGUCAUCUAAUAUCAUGGGUCUCGAUGUGGGUGAUGAGUUUUCCUUAUCUAUUCGUGGUUUUGGGUAUGACCCUUCAACAGAUGAUUACUUGGCAGUUCUGGCAUCGUGCAACGACGAGCUUGUUAUAAUCCACAUGGAGUAUUUCUCACUCAGAGCUAAUACUUGGAAAGAAAUUGAGGCUAGCCAUUUGUCUUUUGCAGAAAUAGCUUAUAAUGAAGUCGGGUCGUUCUUGAACACUGCUAUUCAUUGGUUGGCUUUUAGUCUUGAGGUAUCAAUGGAUGUUAUUGUUGCUUUUGAUUUAACUGAAAGGAGUUUUUCAGAGAUACUUCUACCAAUUGAUUUUGAUUUGGACAAUUUUCAACUCUGUGUUUUGGCGGUACUGGGAGAAUUGCUCAAUCUAUGUGCUGUGGAGGAGAUCAGACAUUCGGUAGAAAUAUGGGCGAUGGGAGAAUACAAAGUAAGGUCAUCUUGGACAAAGACCACUGUUGUGUCUCUUGAUUAUUUUUCUAGUCUCUCCUUAUUUCCAAUAUGUUCUACCGAAGAUGGAGAUAUUGUUGGGACAGAUGGCUGUAAUGUAUUGAUAAAAUGUAAUGACGAGGGACAGCUGCAAGAGUACCAAAUCUAUUCUAAUGGUCCAUAUCGAUCAGCUGUGUACACAGAAUCUCUACUUUCACUCCCUUGUGACAGGGAGCCAGCAGAAAAUGUUUAAUAAGCGAAUAAGAGGAAUUAGGUUGUGAAAUAUUUUCUGAUACUUUUACUAUUUGUUGGAUACUCAUCUUAUAUUAUCAAUUCUUAUGGUAUAUUAAAGCAUGAAGAAGUGACAGGUAGAUUAAUGAAAUUGAUAUUUCAUGGUCAUGUUCUA